ACCUACCUAAACUCACUAGGACAUAAAUUUUUGGUUAUUGGUUUAACUGAGACUUGGCUCAAUAAUGAAAAUGUUAAUGAUUUUUCAAUGUCUCAAUAUAACUUAAUUGCAAAAGCAUUAUGUGUAAAACAAUCAUAUCAUUACAAGGAAAGAAAUGACAUUGCAAUCAAUGUGACAUUAUAGAAUCUGCAUUUAUAGAACUGUCUGUAAAACCUAAAAACAUCAUCAUAAGAAUCAUAUAUAGACCGCCAAAUGACAAAUUUGAACAAUUUGAGGAAAAUCUGAUGGUAAUAUUGAAGAAAACUGAAUUACAAAACAAAACAUGCUAUCUUAUGGUUGACUUUAAUCUCAAUUUGUUAAAAUAUGAGGUGAACCAGCAUUCUAAUGUAUUUCUAAACAAUAUAUUCUCGUCAUCAUUUUACCCUUUGAUUACAAAGCCUAUAACAAGAAUAACAAAAUAA